UGCAAGGGUGGGGUCAUAGGUUAGCACGAGGGUUAACUUUUUAAUAAUAUUUGACAUUUAACUAAACUAAGACGUAAUCUCUAUUGACGUAAUCCAGAAGCGUUUGAAAAAUAAUUAAUUAUACUUGUAUCAAGGUCAAUGUGGUUUCUGUCUAUUAAGAAUAAUGCAGUAUCAUCUGCUUGCUGUGUUAUUUUGAUUUCCUUUGAAAAAUGGAUAAACCUAAUAAACAAGGACAAUUUGGUAUGCAGGAGUUUUCAAAUCAAAACGUGCAACGUGCUUGCGUCACUACAGGCUCCGCCCUCCUUUGGGAACGCGCACAUUCCUAUUGUCCAAGAUGGCGGCGCUGGUGCAGCUCUUGUGAUGCUGACAUGUUUUUAAAGGCUUCUCCUCUUUUCCCCGUAAAUGUGUGACCACUCGGAGCCCGCUCUGGAAGCGCCCCCUAACCGAAGCAGCCUGCGCCGCCGCCGUCUCCGAGCUAACGCUCCCGGAAUCCGCAGCAGCGCCGGAUCUCCGCUGCAGGCUCGGAAAAAAAGUUGAAACUCUCCAUCAUUAUUGGAAAAUGAAGCGGCAGGCCGUGAGAGACGGCAGCCCAUCCAGGGCCCUAGCCAAGCGGAUUCGAGAGAGAGAACGGGAGAGCGCCCGCAGAGAGGAGCUGCCGCCGCCGCCGCCGCUGGCUCUGCUGCUGGCGGAGAGCCGGAGCUACCACCGGCGGAGCCGCAGCAGGGAGCGGGAGAAGCCGCGCCUUCGGGAGGAGCGCGCGGCCGCGCUGGAGCUCCACCACCGACACGAGCUCAGCCUCCUGGGCCGGCCGCCGCUGCGGGCCGCGGAGCUCCCCGCCGCGAGACCCGGCACGCUGGAGUACAAAACGCUGCUCAUCAGCAACCUGGGCUCGCAGGUGUCGGACGAGGACGUCGAGGACGCGCUGUUCCACGAAUUCAAAAAGUUCGGGGACGUGAGCGUGAAGCUGUCGCACACGCCGGAGCUCGGCCGCAUCGCCUACGUCAAUUUCAGACAGCCGGAGGACGCCAAGGAGGCCCGGCACGCCAAGUCCUCCCGGCUGGCUCUGGGUGAUAGACAGCUCAAAAUAGAGCCCAUGUACGUUAGGAGGCGGAGCGUCACCCCCCCGGACGUCAGCUAUCUACCUUUACACGCCCCCUAUCCGUACAGACAGCGCUCCUUGUCCCCACCCGGGACCGGCGUGAGCAGCAUGCGGGACCUCCGGGCCAGACACUUUGCGCUGGAGAGCCUGGGUCUGAGCAGAGACCGGGAAAGGCUGCUGGACUAUUAUGGUAUGCUGGAUGAGAGGGGGCGGCCCUACGCGUUCCCCCCCAUGCCUGUAGUGGAGGACCUGAAGCCCGAGGAUGACCAGAGGGCCACCAGCAACCUGUUCAUCGGAAACCUGGACGGGAAUGUGACGGAGGCUGAACUCAGGAGAGGGUUUGAUAAAUACGGCAUCAUUGAGGACGUGGUCAUCAAACGGCCAGCACGCGGCCAGGGCGGGGCUUAUGCCUUUGUAAAGUUUCAGAACCUUGACAUGGCCCACAGGGCCAAAGUGGCCAUGCAGGGCCGUCUUAUUGGUGGAAACCCAAUUAAAAUCGGAUACGGCAAAGCCAACCCCACCACCCGACUGUGGGUGGGCGGUCUGGGACCAGGAAACUCGCUGACCGCUCUGGCGCGGGAAUUUGACCGCUUUGGAAGCAUUAGGAACAUUGACUAUGUGAAGGGCGACAGCUUUGCUUACAUCCAGUAUGAAAGUUUGGAUGCAGCCCAGGCCGCCUGUACCCAGAUGAGGGGCUUUCCUCUGGGCGGGCCAGAGCGCCGCCUCAGGGUGGACUUUGCUAAAGUGGAGGAGAGCCCCUCCCGCCCAUUUCCCCCUGGUUACCAGCUUCCUGUGCCUCCCCCCACGCAUUAUGACCUCCUUGGAGAGGCCUACAGUCGCCAUCGCAGCCUGGAGCGCGAGCUGAGAGGAACCAGGGAGCGCUCCUCACCGCCCUCCCACAGCCUCCUCUCUUUGAGAGAGAGGGUCCUGCUGGAGAGAGAGUUUCCCAGCAGCCCCACCCGAAGCCUGGACAGGAGGGUGGGAGGAGUGGAGGCGUUUGGAAGAGCUGGCCGAGGGGCGAGGAGCCGCAGCAGGAGCAGGGAACGCUGGCUGAAGGAGAGGGAGGAGAGGAGGAGCCGCAGGAGAAGCAGAAGUCUGUCUGUCGACAAGCAGUCGGAGGAAAAGGAGAAAGAAAAGGGAAGGUCGAGGGUUCGAGUUCCGGGAGGCACCGCCUCCCCUGAUGCAAGCCCAGACCGAGCACGGGUUCGAGCCCCGGACUCCACCACUGAGCCAAGAGACCACUCCCCUGACAGUGGUGGAGGGGGGCGACACGCAAAUGCCACAGAGGAAGAGCCCCCAUCCAGCCGUCACCACAGCAAGAGGUCCGCGAGCGUCAACAACCACCAUCGAAACAGCGACGUGGCCGCCGCCAGCCCCCCCGCUGCCCACACGGACACCUCGUCCACCCUGAGCUCGCUGUCGGAGUACGCCCAGGGCUCCCUCACCAAGGUGUGGCAGGGCUUCUUUGCCUUGAAGAACAGCAGCUUCCCCACGGAGCUGUACAUGCUGGAGGGAGGGGCCUCCUUCCUGAGCGGCGUUUUGAAGGACAGCCUGAAUCUGCAGAACCGGAACCAGCCAAGCCAGUUGAAAAUUGCCCAGCGCCUGCGCAUGGACCAGACCCGGCUGGACGAGGUGUCGCGCCGCAUCAAGCUCGGCCGCCCUGACGGCUUUGCCAUCCUGCUGGCUCUGCAGGGCGCCAUCGACCGCCAGGCCCCCGCCCCUGAGCCGGGACUGCAGAUACGUCUGCUCCGGCACCUGGUGACAUACCUGCGCAACAAAGAGGCGGCGGGGGUGGUUGGUCUGCCUGCCACCAAAGAGGGGGGCACGGGUGGGAUGCUGUACGCCUUCCCCCCCGGUGAGUUCUCACAGCAGUUCCUGCAGGCUGCCCGGAGGACUGUGGGUAAUCUGGACGAGGAGCACAUGGUCAUUGUGAUCGUCAGCGACACUAAUUGAGUCUGGUGCCGGCUCAGUCCCACACUACAAGUCCUUCCAUGGUUUGCUGGGGGGCGUGUUUUGACUCCUCUGUCGAGGUUCCCCUCCGACAGUCACGCCGGGACGCAUUCAAUUAAAAAAAGCAGAAAGGUCGUCGCCCCGACAGGCAGCACGCCGCCCUUUCUGCUUCAGGUGGAACUGAGAACACUAAUGCCUAGCCUGAUGGUUUCUAUGCUUCAUACUUUAUGUGUUUGUAUCCUGGUGUCACCUGACCUGUGCCGACACCUCCAGUGACAUGGAGACUUUCUGCAGAGCAGCUGGACUGUAAGCUGAUGCCGGCUGAUCGAGUCUCUCCUCUCUGGACUCUACCAACUUUUUAUUUAUAGUUCAAAGGCUCCUGGGCCAGUAGACAGAGUCCCGGCCGUCCUAACCACUCCGCCGGUGUUUUUAUCAGAUCGCUCAUUCCACACUUCACUUUGCUUUUUAUGGUGCCAGAGUGUUUUCUCUGUUGUUGCAUGGACUAGAAUGAAUUUCUAUGGAUAAAGAUGUAAACUACCUUGUGGAGACGUUUUAAAAAAAUAUUUUCGAGUCGUACUGUUUCAAUUUUUCUUUUUUAUUGUGGACAUUUCAAACUUCAGUUUUUAAUCUGUCAGUCCAUCCACACUUGAACUACUCGUUUUAAUUUCUGUCAUCACAUGUCAGCACUUUGAUGGGAUCAAACCAUUUCAGAUGUUUCACAUCAAGAUGAAAAAGACAGUAAAAGACGACGCAAAUAAAAAUAAUUGGGAAA